UAUAUAUUAAAUCUUUCCCUCGGCCGUGACUUGUAGAUUCAGACCCAAAAGUUCUUCAGCAAAUAUUAUAUUUUGUCAGAUAGAGUCAUGUUAUCCUAUACAAAUUCUAGUAAAGGCGAUGCUGAGCAGCUUAGAAGAGGAACUUGGUCUGCUGAGGAAGACUCUCUCCUAAUUCAUUAUAUUGCUCGCCAUGGCGAAGGCCACUGGAAUUUGCUCGCAAAACGAGCAGGGUUGAGGAGAACUGGAAAGAGUUGCAGGCUGAGAUGGCUAAAUUAUCUGAAACCAGAUGUUAAGCAUGGAAACCUUACUCCACAAGAAGAGUGUUUGAUUCUUCAACUCCAUUCCAAGUGGGGUAACAGGUGGUCAAAGAUUGCAAAAUAUUUACCAGGAAGAACAGACAAUGAGAUAAAAAACUACUGGAGAACCCGUGUUCAUAAACAAGCACGUCAUCUAAAGAUUGAUGCUAAUAGCACACCAUUUCAACAUGUUAUUCGAUGUUGUAAUUGGAUGCCAAGACUGCUUCCAAAAAUGGAAUCACUAAACCAAACUUCUCAGCAUGAUCAAGAAUUAAUGACAAUGGAACAAGUGCCAGUACAGGAGCAGAUUUCAGGAUCUACGGAUAUCAUGUCAACCAUAUCCCAAGUUGCAGAGUCUCAAACAAGUCCUUUUAGCAUCAUUAGUAGCAAUGAUGACUACACACUUGCAAAGUAUUGCUACCAUGAUGACAAUAUUGAUAAAAACGGUUGCUAUUACAACUUGGCAUCCACAUCAGCAUUUGAGGAUUUACCAUACCUGGAUGGCGACGGCCACAAGCAAGAUUAUACUUGUGUUAAUGAUGGCUUUGCAGAUGGUCUAUGGAGCAUGGGGGAACUAUGAAAACUUAGGGACUUGCAUUGAAGGGGAACCCUGCCAUGUUUUUUUUAUAUAUAAUUUUUCAGCAGCUAAAAGUAUCUAUUUUGCAUUUUGGUCCCAAACUUCUCAGCAUAAAAAAUACUAGUCUACCUCAUAUUUUCAUUGCUUUUCAACAAUACCUUCAUAUUUGUUUCAUUUCUCUCUAACAAUCCCAUUGGCUUGAUAAUCACAUAACCGACCUUGUUGCUUACCAUCUUUGCUUAAGAUCUUGGUUGUAUCAUGCUGUUUCAUAUUGUUUUUCUUAGUGAACUCACAUAUUUUCUCUAUUUUCUGGUUUCUCCAAGGAAAAGAUGAAUCUAGAUCAAUGUGAGAUUCAUGAGUACAUGUAUAGCCAAUCGUUUGAGGUAUUCUUUUUUAUGUAUCAUUGGUUAGAUAUAUGCAUUUCUUCAAAAAAUAGGAAUAGGAAAGAAUAUAUAUGUACUAAAACAAUAACUUUAAUGGAGUUAAAUGACUAGUAUGUAUUUUGAUUAUAAA